GGCUAUGAGAUGUCAUAUACGAAUUGGUUUUCAAAAUUUUAAGGCUCAAAUGCUAGCUAAUUAGUCUAUAUAAGGGGAAUAUUCCUCUCAAUUUUCACCAUAGAUCGAGUGCUAGGUUACGAAUUUACAUUGGUAGUAAUGUUGCUGUUCUUUCUUCUAGCCAUCCCCUUCUUCCUAUUCAUUCUCCUAAAACAUAGAAACAAUGGUAAUAUUCUUCUUCCCCCUAGCCCCCCAGGUCUUCCCUUGAUUGGUCACUUACACAUGCAGAUGCUUGAUAACUCAGCUCCUCAUGUUUUUCUUUGGAAACUCUCUCAAAAGUAUGGUUCUCUCAUGUCCUUGCGACUUGGAUUUAGGUCAACCCUUGUAGUUUCUUCAGCCAAAAUGGCUAAAGAGGUUAUGAAAACCCAUGACCUUGAUUUCUGCAGCAGGCCUACUUUACGUGCCCCUCAGAUAUUAUCUUACGAUGGCUCGGAUUUGGCGUUUUCACCAUAUAAUGCUUAUUGGAGAGAGAUCAGGAAAAUAUGCGUCGUUCAUCUCUUUAACCCUAACAGAGUGCAACUUUAUUGUCCCAUCCGAGAAGAUGAAGUUGCUCGACUGAUUGAAAAAAUAUCCAAAUUAUCUGUUCAUUCUAAACCUGUCAACUUGAGUGAGUUAAUGAUGUGUCUUACCAGCACAAUGAUUUGUAGAAUAGGGUUUGGAAAGAGGUAUGAAGAAGAAGUAACUGAAAGAAGCAGAUUUCAUAGUCUGCUUAAUGAAAGUCAGACCGUGUUGGCGAGUUUCUAUAUUUCUGACUAUUUUCCUUCCAUGGGUUGGGUUGAUAGAUUAUCUGGAUUGCUCGGUCGUCUUGAAAAGAAAUUCAAAGAACUUGAUAUCUUUUAUCAAGAACUCAUUGAUGAACAUCUUGAUCCAAAUAGGCCAAAACCCGAGCAAGAGGACAUUGUAGAUGUCUUACUACAAAUCUGGAAGGAUCGUAACUUUACAAUUGAUCUCAAUAUGGAUAACAUAAAAGCUGUGCUAACGGAUGUUUUUAUUGCUGGAACAGACACAAGUGCUGCCACCGUGAUUUGGGUCAUGACCUUCCUGAUGAAAAAUCCAAGGUGUAUGAAGAAAAUUCAAGAGGAAGUUAGAGAUUUGGUUGGAAAAAAGGGUUUUGUAAAUGAAGAUGAUGUUCAAGAUUUAAUUUAUCUUAAAGCUGUGAUAAAAGAAACAUUCAGAUUGCAACCAGUAGCUCCAUUACUUUUGCCACGAGAAACAAUGCGAAAAUGCAACAUAGGCGGGUACGAAAUACCUGCCAAAACCUUAGUCUAUGUGAAUGCCUGGGCAGUAGGAAGAGACCCUGAAGCUUGGGAAAACCCAGAAGAGUUUUGUCCAGAGAGAUUCAUUGGCAGUUCUAUUGACUACAAAGGACUAGACUUUGAGCUCAUACCAUUUGGUGCCGGUAGAAGAGGUUGUCCCGGAAUUCAUUUGGGAGUUGCAACUGUGGAGCUUGCCCUUGCCAAUCUUGUUUACAAAUUUGAUUGGGACAUGCCAACUGGGAUGAGCAAGGAAGACUUAGACUUUGAUGUGUUACCUGGUAUUACUGUACACAGAAAAAAUGAUCUUUGCCUAGUGGAAGAUAUUGUUAUUGAUGUCUUCUUACAAAUUUGGAAGGAUCAUGACAUUAUAGUUGUUGUAACGGAUCUGCAUAACAGUCUGGAUUCGGGAGUCGAUUAUGUGUGGGAAAGAAUUAGCACCCCUACAACGGUUUCUAGGCUUUUCUUCUUGCAGCCACCGACUGUUAGAACGAUUGCGAGUGGCUGUCAAAGGGCUGGCAGCUGCAGGCGGCUAUCAGAGUCGCUGACAGUGCGACUGUUGGAAAUAGAAAGUCUCUGUCCUUAUUAUAAUUGCUCAUGGAUGCAUAUACUAAGUGCUCUAAAUGUAAUGCAUAGUUUGUCAAACUACAUUUACCUCUGUGUUAUCGAAUCUUCUCUUGAUGAUGCUUCUCCUUUACAUCCAAGCUAUCUUUUUAAGUUUUUAGCUUAG